AUGGUUCACAAAGUUCUCUUCUGGAGCGGCUUCGGCAUCGCCGUCCGUCUUUGGCAACUCGGAAUCGAAAUGCGCCCUCUCCUGGGCAAAGAAUCCCUUUGGGUCUACCCCCUCUUCGCUGGUGUCGGUGGAAGUUUCGGUUAUUGGUUACAAGGUGUUGAGAACAGACAGACCAAGAUUCUCGCCCAACGACGAGAGGCUAUUCUCGAGAAGCGUCGACGACGGGAUGAGCGGGAAGGUCUGAUUUCGCGGACGGAGGAGGCGGGUAUUUUGGCUGCGACUUCUUAA